AUGGCUUUUUACGGAAAAUUUUUUGCUGUUGAGCGCGAAGAAAACUACGAAGCAUUCGUCAAAUCAAUGGGUCUGUCAGAAGAAAAAGAAAAGAAAUUUCUUCAAUUUAAACCAGUUCAAAAAUAUGAGAAGAAAGGUGAUGAAUACGUUUUUACUAUUCAAACACCCGAGGGAGAAAAGAAUACGAAAUUCAAAUCUGGCGUUGAAUUCACGUCGACAUUUAGAGACCGGCCUAUGACUACUACAAUUACUGUAGACGGAAAUAAAAUUACACAAGUAAUUAAAUUCGAGAGUGGCUUCACUAUGACCAUCAAAAAGGAAUACACUGAUGACACUUUGUCCGAGGAACUAACCCACAGCAAAUGGGACGGUACCGCUCGCAGAUUCUUCAAAGCGCAAUAA